CCUGCGUCUAGUCUGCUGCAGAACAAGAUGCUGAACGGUGAUUGGCAGCUGAGAGGGGCGUGCAGCUGUGACGUGGAGCGGUAGCGACAGCAUAGUGGAAAGAUGGCGGCGGUGACCAGAGGCUCCUUCACUGUAUUCAGACGGCUGCUGAGUCAGCAGUACCGCCGCCGAUCUUUCCGGCUGCAGACCUUCAGACCUGACCGAACUCUGCAGCCACUCGUCUUCAGAUGUGACAGAAACUUCCAGAUGUUCAGCAGCAGGACACUGCACACUACUGUCGUGAGCCAUGGACCAAUUGUCCAAUUCAAACUGUCAGACAUCGGGGAGGGAAUCAUGGAGGUGACGGUGAAGGAGUGGUACGUGAAGGAAGGAGACAAGGUGUCUCAGUUUGACAGUAUCUGUGAGGUUCAGAGCGACAAGGCGUCGGUCACCAUCACCAGUCGCUACGACGGAGUCAUCAAAAAGCUGUACUAUGACGUGGAAGCCAUCGCCUUGGUGGGCAAACCACUGGUGGACAUCGAGACGGAAUCUGGCUCAGAGGUGAUCCAGGAGGAGGACGUCGUGGAGACCCCGGCCAUGGCUCGAGAAGAACACACCCACCAGGAGAUCAAAGGCCACAAGACCCAGGCCACGCCCGCUGUCAGACGCCUCGCCAUGGAGAACAACAUUAAACUCAGUGAGGUGGUGGGGACGGGUAAAGACGGACGGAUCCUGAAGGAGGACAUCCUGAACUACCUGGCAAAGCAGACAGGAGCCAUCCUACCUCCCACCCCGCCUCCGGCCCCAGCCCCUGCCGCCGCCGCCGCUCCCAGGCCUGUGAGUGCUCCAGCAGCCGUCAAAGCUCCACCCACAACACCCAAACCUGUCUUCACUGGCAAGGAUGUCACCGAGCCCCUCAAAGGUUUCCAUAAAGCGAUGGUGAAGACGAUGACAGCAGCUCUGAAGAUUCCUCACUUUGGUUACUGUGAUGAAAUCGACUUGACCCGUCUGGUGUCCCUGAGAGCUGAGCUCAGAUCCGUCUCUGAGGCUCGAGGCGUCAGACUGAGCUACAUGCCCUUCUUCAUCAAGGCUGCCUCCCUCGGCCUCGUGCACUUUCCGAUCCUCAACGCCUCGGUGGACGAAGGCUGCCAGAACAUCACAUACAAGGCCUCUCAUAACAUCGGCCUGGCGAUGGACACCAGUCAGGGCCUGCUGGUUCCUAACGUGAAGAACGUUCAGCUGCUCAGCGUGUUUGAGAUCGCUCAGGAGUUAAACCGUCUGCAGACGCUUGGGGCGGCGGGUCAGCUGGGAGCAAACGAUCUCAGCGGAGGAACCUUCACCCUGUCAAACAUCGGAUCAAUUGGGGGGACGUACGCUAAGCCCGUCAUUCUUCCUCCUGAAGUCGCCAUUGGAGCUCUGGGGAAGAUCCAGAUUCUUCCGCGGUUCGACGCCGCCGAUCAGGUGGUCCGAGCUCACAUCAUGAACGUCAGCUGGUCGGCGGAUCAUCGCAUCAUCGACGGAGCCACCAUGUGUCGCUUCUCCAACCUGUGGAAGGAGUACCUGGAGAACCCGGCCAGCAUGGUGCUGGACCUCAAAUAAGCAGAGAGAGAGAAGAAUUUUUCCCACGAGGCCCGGGAGGACGGAGACGCCACACUAACAGACCCUCGCGUUUCUUCUCGCCGCCUUCGCUUCCUCUUUCUCUUCGAGGCCUUUGUUUUCACUUACUGUCGUUUCCUUGUUGCCUUUGAGCGAGACACCGGGAGGAGGAGGGGUCAGCCUGUCAUUCAUGCCGUUUCCAUGACAACCAGUAACAUUGCAGACAUACAGAGUGUAGGUUAGAGGUGGUUUGGUCAAAGUGAACCAGGGUUCAGCUCUUCACUCAUCUGAGCUCCAUUUGGUUUUCAGGGUCAAACUGCUGAUGUCAUCGACUAAUUGAUUACUCAGUUUUGAUAAUCGAUCAAUCAUUUCAGUCGAGUGAAAACGUCAAACAUUUUCUGGUUGGAGCUUCACGGUUUGCGUCAGUAAAUGAAGAGUCUUUGGGUUUUGGGCUGCUGCUUGACGUUUCAGAGACCAAAGGAUCAGAAUGCUGUAGUGAUUGGCUGAUUGAUCGACAGAAUGAACAGCCAGAAUGAAUGAACAGCCAUACUGACGGUUUGUUUUCAGUGUUUCAGCAAAUGAAUUGCAAAUCACAAGCGGUCGACCGUCUCUUCUUGUCUUUUACUGGAUAAUUUGAAUUAAAUGAGAUUGCCAGAGCCAGUCGGGGCGCGUGAUGCUGUUAACAUACGGUGGUUUGUAGUUCGAACACUGAAACACUGAAAGCACCAACUGAGGAAUAAAAGUCACUGAUUUAAAAUAUAUUUAUGUACUGUAAACAUGCAGGUCAGAACUAAAAGUACGACGGAGCUCAUAUCAGCAUGUUUUUAUCUGAACGUAACAUGAGUACUUACUGUCGCUUUAUAUUUUACCUGAGCUGAACGUGCUGACGAGCUUCACACCUGAAGGUCUCGCGGUGUCAACGUCAUCACUCAUAAACAAUCAACACGUGUUAACCAGGACACAAUGGAUUUUAAACUCCAGCUGCUGUUAGUCUGACCUCAUGUCUUUGCUUUGAUGAAUUAAUUUGUCCGCCUGGAGAAAAUUGGUUGCAAACUAAUUUGAUGAUCGAUUAAUCGUUUCAGUCAUUUUUCAUGUAAAAACGUGACACAUUUGCUUGUUCCAUCGUUCCAUCCUCGUUCAGGAUUGGCUGCUCUUCUUUGUCAAUUAUGAGAGUGAAUGAAGAGUGUUUGGAUUGGAAGACGACGCUGGGAAACUGACUGCAUUUCAUCCACAUUUAUUUGAUUUUAAAGGAGAGUUAAUCUUGAGAAAAAGCAUUAGAGGCACCUGGCAUUAAAUUAUCUGCAUGUGUAAAUUAUGUGGGCGGAGUCAGCACACCUCAUGGUGUUUGUCAGGUGAAGGGAAGCGUUCAGCAUGUCAGAAUUAUCAUGGAAAGGUUUUAUCUGUCACCCUGACAGAACGAUUGACUGUGAGACGUCUGAUGAAUCCAAACUGAGUCGGAGAACCGUGAUGGUUUUGAUUGAUCCUGGUCCUCUGAUCUGGCUUGUUUGAGGCCUUGUUCAUGUCAGAAAUCUUCUUCAUUUAGUUUUCUGUUUUUGUUCAUUUUUCAGACUUCAUCAUUUCUGUUUAUUACUCUGAAUUACUGGAUAGUUUUAAAGAUGCUCCUGUCAGACGGCGUGACGUGAUCUGUCUUCUGAGUGGAUCAGAACCGACCAGUUGCCCCCUCUGGAUUGGGGUCUGUCCUCUAGAAAUUAAAACUAACACUGAGGUGAAUAUUGAAUGGAGUCUGGCUCCUGCCGGUGUGAAGGUCUGAGCGAAGCCCUGGUCCUCGUUUCCUCUUUAAAUCCUGUGUCAACCCUCCGUUUUCUGCAGCUGAUGAUGACGAUGAAGCUGCUGCUCCCGAAGAACCUCUUUCUGAUGUGUAGAUGUGAAACUGACCCAGGAUCAGGUCUUGGUCCUGUCAUUAGUGGGGAGAACGUGUUAGCUUCACAGGUUAAGCUCCAGCUGGUUCCUCCCUGAGGCGGCUCGAUGUCUCCCUUCUUUCUCCUGGACUUGCUGGGUGAACUGGUGGCUGCUGGCUAAAGUGCACAUUUUGUCGGUUGGAUGUUACAUGACUGUUUGUUUGUCUCAUGAGUUUCUCCUGCUUUGUGUUUUUUGUUUUUAGUGACAUUAAAUGUAAAAGUGUAAAAACAAAGUGUUGGGUUUUGUAUGUGGAGGGAACAUGUAGAUCAGUUUCACAGACCUUUAAACUGUUUGACCCCUGGUGAAUAACUUUGAAUAAAGUUGAAGUGCACAAACCAGA